UGACCCAAAGCAUUUCCUCGACUUGCCGUCAAUCAAGCCAACCAAAAAAAGGAAAGUUCUUACAGAUGUUACGUGCGACUCUGGUUUGACGAUUCCAGCAAUCUCAAAAGAGCCAUUAACUAUGUUUACCGGUCUCUUAUGGCGGAAUAUUCUCUCGGAGACGGAUAUAUAUAUAUUUAUUAUAACAUAUGCAAAAAUAUUAUGCGAUGUAUAUCUCCCGCUACUAGCGGCGAUAGUCUCAACUUAAUACAAAAAAUGGCGAAAGCUAAGCCAUCGUCACGAAAUUGUAUAGUUCCCAAUUGCAUUAAUAGAUAUUCAGGAAACGCCGAGAAUAGAGAGAAUUAUACUUUAUUUGGAGUGCCAAGCAAUAGUUUCAAUGCAUGGCAAGACCUAAUGCCAAACGUAAAAUUACAUAAAACAUCGAAGCUGUGCUAUCGCCAUUUUGACGAUUCUGACAUUGUCAAAGGGUACAAUAUUCUAGGUGUGUUUCAUCCUUUCAUCCGGUGGAGAUUAAAAGAAGGCUCAAAUCCCAAGUAUUAUAUUGGUAAUAUUAUAAAAUAAUUGGGUAAUUUUCUGUACAGAAGUUGGCGUUGAACACUCGUGUAUAGUAUAUUGUAUUUGUUAUUUAAGAAAAAUGUAGUCUGCUAGUCUCGGGGCGUCUCACCUGUGUCUGUCGGUGUCGGGAGUCCCGAAGUUUAUUAGUUACAUUGCCGUUCAACAACCUACUAGUGAAUUGUUUUAAAUUGUGUAACAUUGUUUUGUUAACAUGGGGAAAAAAGAACACAAACGGUGUUUUAUUAGUGGUUGCUACGGGAAAAGGGAUAAAGAAAAUGCUCAUGUCGGAGUUUUUGGUGUGCCAAAAGCUUCAUUAAAAAUUUGGCAAGACAUAAUUCCAAGGGGAGGCUUAACCACUUCUUCGAAGAUUUGUAGUCGGCAUUUUGACGACGACGAUAUAGAAAAAGGAAGAACAAUUCAGGACAAAUUUUACCCUUAUUCUAGAUGGAUGCUAAAGCCUGGUGCUCUCCCAAAACAUUUUUUAGGACAUUCAUCAACAAGACCAACAGUGGCCAGCUCAACAUCACAGAAAUCAAAAACCACCCUAAAAAAUUCCUGUAGUUCUAAAACUUUGCCAAUAGCAAAAGAUCCACCUUUAUUGUUACCUAAACCUAAAGAUGGAAGUGGUUUACCUAUUCAAACUAAGACUGUUCCGGAAUCAAGCAUCAAUUUUUCAGGCCCAAGCCAUACUAUUCCUCUUCCAGUUGAUGGGCCUAUAACUCACUACAUCGUCGUUCAUGAUAAUAUUGCUGUACCAAAUAAACCCACACUAACAGUAGACGGUGGGCUAAAUGUAAAUGGUACUCUGAGCAAUUUGGUCACACCUACGGUGCAAAAUGAUCGUAUGGAUGUUAGUUCUUCUGCGUCUUGCAGUUUUGACCACAGCUACGUACUGGUACCUCCACGAACACCAACUUCUCUAGAAGAGAGUGCUGCUGCGUCAUCGACAUUGCGCAAUUUCGAAUCAGCUACAUCUCAGGAAGCACAAGAAAAUGCUGGCCCAAAUGAAUCGGAUCACAAUUACGUUAUUCGUUCUUCUUCGACCCCUACUGUGAAUGAGGAGGAAAGUUUCCAUUUGGGUAUGGCGGGUUACCACAACUUCAUUAAUGGUGUCGUUACUCCUACAGCUGAAUGGACUUGGUCCUUCAACGAACGAAACAACAAUUUAGUUUGUUCUUGUCAUAUUUUUUCCCAUGACGGUGUGAUGACUAUAAAAUCUGUUAAAAUUGUCACCAUGACCAAAGUUGCGUUGUAUCUGAAUGGAAAACCCAUCACGCCUCCAGAUAUGCAAUUUGAGUUUCGAAGUAAAGCUGAUUUAGCAAAUAUUCUUGAAGAUUUCAAUUACAGAAGAACAUGUCAAGGAAUUGUGGAUGAUUCGCUAGCAGAUACCGAAGUGACGGGUAAAUGUGCUGGUAUCAAGGAAGGCAAUUUGUGGCGCUCAAAAAUGUGCAUGGGAAUUGCAAACCCUCCUGCUUCCGCUCUCUGUUCAAAAUGCCGCGUUUUUAAAAAUUAUUUGAAGAGAAGUACAAAUAAUCAGAAGACCAAGAAAUUGAAAAAUUCGAAAGAAGAUUAUAAAUCGAGGUUGCGUUCCACCAAGCAAAGGUUGACACGAUCAAAUUCUAAAAUUGAGGCUCUUUCAGGUACCAUAGAAGGUUUGCGCAAUGAAAGGAAGAAGCUUUACUGGAAUAGCUUUGAUGUGAAAUUAAAGCUUUUAAAGCCCAAAGAACAGCUAGUUGUUAAAACAAUGAUGGCCAAAGCAACAGUGAAUCCUGGAAGAAACGAUCGAUUCAGCGCAAUGCGUUACGAUCCCGAAUUUCUCAAAGAAUGUUUACGAAUCAGAAACAAAAGUUCUUCGGCGUACAAGCAUUUAAGAUCCGAAGGCAUUCUUCCCCUACCGAGUCAGAAUACACUCUUAAGAAUCAUGAAAAAAACAGAUCUCGGUGAUUCUAAUAAAUCAACGCAACCGGAUCCACAAAACGUCUCCGCCGAAUCAAAUUUCAUGGAACAAACAAAUGUGGAAAAUGAAUGUCCUGCCUUACCCCACUUCACUGAGUCCGUAUCGCCUACACCUGAAAUAAUGUUGCUACAUUCAGAAGAAAUACCUGUGUCUGUACAAGAAGAAAUGAUUGUUGAAAUCUUGUCGGUUCAAUAAAAUGUGAUUUAAAACUU